UUUUAACCACUGUGUAAAGAAGGCUGUUACGUAACCAGCUAUUGGGACCCUUCUCUUCAGAGAAUUUUGUUUUUCCAUAAAUCACUGUUGCGAUGAAGUUGUAUAGCUUUGGAGUCCUUGUAGCCACCCUCCUCUUCUGUGAGCAGCAUGUCUUCGCAUUUCAGAGUGGCCAAGUUUUAUCUGCUCUUCCUAGAACCUCUAGGCAAAUUCAAAUUCUGCAGAAUCUUACUACAACAUAUGAGAUUGUUAUGUGGCAGCCGGUAACAGCUGAAUUUAUCGAGAAGAAAAAAGCAGUACAUUUUUUUGUGAAUGCAUCUGAUAUAAGCAGUGUGAAAGCCCAUUUAAAUGAGAGCACAAUUUCAUUCAGUGUCUUGAUGGAAGACGUGGGAGACAUUAUCCAUCAGCAGACUUCCAAGGACAGAGUCAGCCCCCGGGCCUCCUCCUCAUACUAUGAAAAUUAUCACUCACUAGAUGAAAUCUAUUCUUGGAUAGACGAUAUAACUGAGCGGUACCCUGAUAUGGUUGAAAAAAUCCACCUUGGAUCAUCAUUUGAGAAGCGCCCACUUUAUGUUUUAAAGGUUUCUAGAAAGGAACAAAGAGCCAAAAAUGCUGUGUGGAUUGACUGUGGAAUUCAUGCCAGAGAGUGGAUCUCUCCUGCUUUCUGCUUGUGGUUCGUAGGCUAUGCAGUAACUCAAUUCAGUGGGGAAGACAAUCUACAUACCGGUCUUCUGAGGCACAUGGAUUUCUAUGUUAUGCCAGUAGUUAAUGUGGAUGGUUAUGACUACACAUGGAAAAAGGAUCGAAUGUGGAGAAAGAACCGUUCUUUUCAUGAAAAUAGUCCUUGCAUUGGAACAGACCUGAACAGGAACUUUGCUACUAAACACUGGUGUGAGAGAGGUGCAUCAAGUUUCUCAUGCUCAGAAAUCUACUGUGGACUUUACCCUGAGUCAGAACCAGAAGUGAAGGCAGUGGCUAAUUUUCUGAGAAGAAAUAUCGACCACAUUAAGGCUUACAUCACUAUGCAUUCAUACUCCCAGAAGAUAGUGUUUCCAUACUCCUAUAGUAGAAGCAAAACCAAAACCCAUGAGGAACUGGUAAGUGCUGCUUCAUUAUUUUUAUCAUGAGCAUUUCAGAAAUAAAAUAAUGCUUAGCUCAAGAAGCAAAACUGUGGGAAAAGAAUUUCUCCUCUAGAGGGCAAAUGAGAAGAUGCUUAUAUUUUGGUGUAACUCCACUGAGGGGCACUGAGGUUCACUGAAGGAAUGUAAAGAAUGGGGCCACCCUGAGGACAUGAACUUCCGUCCAGCAGUUGGGCUCUCUAAAAAAAAAAAAAAAA